AAAAGCCGGGAAAUCUGGCUCUGGACGUUUGGCUUUCCAGACAAGACUAUAAAAGUCAGUCUGCCAGAAAACUCUGUCCUGGGGCUCUUCCUUCGUCUCCUGGCUCUUAACUACUCGGUUGACAUUGCCUAUGUCAUUUCGUCUUCUUUGCUCCACAAAAUUCUUUUCCCUUGCCAUUUCAGCUCAAGAAUCAAGAAGCAAAAGACAUGUUUCUGCUGGCCGUCCUGCUCUUGCUCGCCUCUGCGGCCAACGCUGCCGCCGUGGGUCCACGGAAUGCGACCUACGACACGACUUACGACACGACGCUCACCCACUUUACCGCUGCUCUCAAUCCACCAAAGCUCGACAGUGGCCCGCAUUGGCCACACCCAUCGCACAAGAUUGACUGCGAUGUAACCUUUCAGCGCUACAACAAUUAUGCUUACCUCUGGACGCUUGUAAGGAUACAGGUCGAAUGGAUCAGAGAGGAAGGGCCCAAGUAUUGGACGCUCCCCGAGGGUACACCAAAGGGGACUUUGGUCAGGGUUGGUUGCUGCAACGGGGCUUCGUACAAUAUUGUUGUUCAGGAAACCCUCCAAAAGCCCAUCGCCAUCGCGGGUGCGGAGAUCACCACCAUGGGACUGGCUGCGGCGGACCACUGCAAGCAGGGUGACCGGACCAAAGGCAGGGCGUGGGCGCAGAACAGGCUUUUCACCAUCGAGGUCUUCCAAGAUGAACACAAGUGCGGAAAAAAAUGCUGGCAGGGGGACUAGUUGUGCUUAGGCGUUGGAUGGGCUUUUGGUAUUGAGGUCUCUUGCCAUUACGGAUUGGGAGCACUGGGGAGACAGCAUGUUUGAUUUCUAGUCAAGGCAGAUGAAUAAAGGGUCCUUCCUACAGCACACUCGUCCUGG